AUGGCUGGAGCACUUGAAAACGCACAAAGAGAUUUACCCAAGAUUAGAGACCAUGAACGCGAGUCAGAUUUCGGUUCCAUUUUCUCCGUAUCUGGUCCUGUCGUCAUCGCAGAGAACAUGCGUGGUUCUUCCAUGAACGAGUUGGUCCGUGUCGGUCAUGAAGAACUCGUUGGUGAAGUUAUCCGUAUCGAUGGUGACAAGACCACUAUUCAAGUUUACGAAGAAACCGGUGGUUUGACUGUCGGUGAUCCAGUCUUGAGAUCUGGUGAACCUUUGUCUGUUGAACUUGGUCCUGGUCUUAUGUCCAACAUCUAUGACGGUAUUCAGCGACCGCUCAAGGCUAUUCAAGAGGUCUCUCAAAGUAUUUAUAUUCCCCGUGGUAUUGCCACCCCUGCUUUGGAUAAGGCCUUUGGUUGGGACUUUGAGCCUGUUAACUUUCAGGUUGGCGAUCAUAUUACUGGUGGCGACAUCUAUGGUAAAGUCUUUGAGAACUCUCUUGUCACUAAUCACAGAAUCAUGUUGCCUCCCAAGUGUCGUGGUACCAUCACUUACAUUGCUCCCAAGGGUCAAUACACGCUUGAAGAUGUUGUUCUCGAAACUGAAUUUGAAGGUGAAACUACCAAGCACACCAUGAAACAACUCUGGCCUGUUCGUUCUCCUCGUCCUGUCGUCGAAAAAUUGAAUGCCAACCAUCCUUUGUUGACUGGUCAACGUGUAUUGGAUUCUCUCUUCCCUUGUGUUCAAGGUGGUACUACCGCUAUUCCUGGUGCUUUUGGUUGUGGUAAAACUGUCAUUUCUCAAUCUCUCUCCAAGUACUCCAACUCUGAUAUCAUUAUCUAUGUCGGUUGUGGUGAACGUGGUAAUGAAAUGGCUGAAGUAUUGAUGGAUUUCCCUGAGCUCUCCAUUGAUGUUGAAGGCCGUAAGGAAUCCAUCAUGAAGCGUACUACUUUGGUUGCCAACACUUCCAACAUGCCUGUCGCUGCCCGUGAAGCUUCCAUUUACACUGGUAUCACUCUCUCUGAAUACUUCCGUGAUAUGGGUAUGAACGUUGCCAUGAUGGCUGAUUCUACAUCUCGUUGGGCCGAAGCUCUUCGUGAAAUUUCUGGUCGUCUUGCUGAAAUGCCUGCCGAUUCCGGUUAUCCUGCUUACCUUGGUGCUCGUCUUGCCUCUUUCUACGAACGUGCUGGUAGAGCUACUUGUCUUGGUAACCCCACCCGUGAAGGUUCCGUUACCGUUGUUGGUGCUGUAUCCCCUCCAGGUGGUGAUUUCUCUGAUCCUGUCACUGCCUCCACUUUGAGUAUUGCUCAAGUCUUCUGGGGCCUCGAUAAGAAGCUUGCUCAACGUAAGCAUUUCCCCUCUGUCAACUGGAACUUGUCCUACUCCAAAUACAUGAAGGUGCUCGAGCCUUACUAUGAAAAGAACGAUCCCGAGUAUAUCCAUCUCCGUGAUAAGUGUAAGGAAAUUCUUCAAAUGGAGGAGAAUCUCUCUGAAAUUGUGCAGUUGGUCGGUAAGUCUGGUCUGAACGAAACUGACAAGAUCACCUUGGAAGUUGCCCAAAUUAUCAAGGAUGACUUCCUUCAACAAAACGGUUACAGUAACUACGAUCGUUACUGUCCCUUCUUCAAGACUACAUGGAUGUUGCGUAACAUGAUUGGUUUCUACGACUUUGCUACACAUGCUGUUGAAUCAUCAAACAACCAAAUUACCUGGAACAAGAUCCGUGAAUCAAUGAGUGAUAUUAUUUACAAGUUGUCUUCCAUGAAGUUUGAAGACCCUGCUGACGAUGAAGAUGUUCUUGUUGAAAAGUAUAGUGCUCUCUACAAGGAAAUUGAAGCUAAAUUCAAUGAUCUUGAAGCUUAA